AUGAACGCAAGUAGCGUCGUGAUGCCGGUGCCGGAUAGUGCCGAGCCCAAGGCGGCCGACGAGGCGCGGCUACCGGCGCUCGCAGCGACGAAGGCGACGGUCACCGAUGCGGAGCUCGACGACAUGCGUGCCAAGAUCCGCGUGCACAUUGGAGAGUCCAUUCGCGUUGCGCGGGCCCAGAAGCGGCGGCAGCAUCGGCGCAUCUGCGGCCUCUCACGCGCCGACGUCUACGAGUGGGUCCGGUCCGUUCUUUGCUGCUCAGACGUUGACGCUGCGACGGCGACCGACGAUUCGGACGCCAAAAUCCUCUCGACCAAGAAAUUUCUUAGUGGCGUCGAAGAGUUUGCUUGCCUCACGGACCGCGAACUCUCGCAGCUCGCACGCCUCACGGAACUUCGCACCUUUCGACGGGAUGACGUGGUCUUGCUCAGCGAGGACAAGGCGGAUGGCCUGUACAUCAUCUUAUCGGGCAAGGCGUCGCGCUGCGUGCUGAGCGAAGGCUCCAUGGACAUGGCGAUUGAGCCCGAGAUGCUCAUGUACCAGGAAACCUUUGGCAUGGACGUUUCGCCCACGAUCGACAAGGACGUAGAGAACAUCGAGACGAGCAUCACGGCUGUGUCGCCGGAGCUCGAAUGUCUCUGGCUGCCGACGCUGGUGAUCCACAUGCUGAAUUUGCAGCCGCGCCUCGAGUACGAAUUUGUGCUCAUUCUCAAAAACGCCGAAGACAUUACUGAUACCGAAUACAAGCAGCAAGAGACGAUCCUCUCGAGCAUUCUCCAAGCCGGUAUCCACGUGACCGUCAUGGCCAACUCGCGCAAUUCGACCGACAAGAUCAUUUUGCUACUGAGCGCGCCACUAUGGCUCCUCGCCCGCGAAGACAAGCUCAUGAAGAUGGAGCGCAUCAUCGAGUACCACUCGGAAGAAGACGCCAAAUCGCUCGGGGACGAGUAUGGGGCGAACGCCGAGGCCCUCACCGCCGCCGAUCGGCUCUCUGCGUUUGCCUCUAUCUUGACACGCCCGUCGACCGACAAGCCGCCGGGCGCGGGUCUGCGCGGCAUUGAAAACAACCAAGACCCCAUCAUCCACGACGUCUUCCCGCUCCACGACCCGAGCAUGUCGGACUUUAUCACGUCGUCGUGGUACAAGGAGGCCCUCUCGGCGUCGACGCGGCAGCUGUUUUUAUUGCGCACGAAAGACCACUUUGGCCUACGCAUUGCGUUUUACACGGCGUUCAUUCGCCUCUACUGCGCGUCCUUGAGCACCCCGUGCAUCGUCGGCGUUCUCCUCUGGGUGCUCUGGCGCCACAUUGACUACACGUCGUACAUGCAGGCGAUGGGCAUCUACGGCCUUCUCGUCGCGCUCGUCUGGGCGCCAAGUGUGCUCAAGCGCUGGACGCGCUACCAGUACUCGCUCCUCGUCGAGUGGGACCUGCUCCAAGCCAAAGAGGUCGAGUACCCCAACCCCGAAUUCAAGGACUUUGUCGUCGAGACCAUCAACGUGGCCAACGAAGGGGACGCGCCCGACUACGUGGAUGUCAAGGUCUACGACAACCGGCGCCGGUACCCCAAGUACAUUUCGUUCUUCAUCUUUUCGCUUGUCAGCUGCGUGCUCCUCUUUGGCUUUGUCAUGCUGUACGCGCAGUGGUACAUCGUCGCCGUCAUGACGCCGCUCUGCGUUGACCCGCGCUGCCCCGUCUACCUCAGCAACAACCUCUGCGAGUCGCAGUGUCAGUCGCUUGUGAAAUCGGACGAAACGUUCAACUUUCUGCACACGAUUCGCGACUCGCCGUUGGGCUGUGCCGGCUACUGCAACACGUCGACCUUCGAUGCGGCGUACUAUAGUUGCGACACGCCACUCGUGGGCUGCUUCAACACCGAGCGCGGCAUUGUCGGCACCGCGCGCUGGAC